CAGAAAAUACUCAUCUACUAUUAAAGAAUGCUUGUAUAAUAACAGUGCUUCACAAUCUUUGAUCAACAACUUACCAUCAGCAGCACUAACUCAAGUUAAACUCACAACCUUGGAAGAUGUCUACCCCAGCAGCGAAACGUCGUCGAAUUGAAGCUGCAAGUACUCUCCAAAAACCCUUUCGAUCACCUUUCAAGACCCCAUUCAAAUCGCCUCUUAUUAAAGGCUCUCCUAAUACUCGAGCUUCCACUGCCGCCGCCGCAGCUUCCACUCCUUCAGUUUCCAAGACUCCAACUUCUUACCCUGUCGUGAGCAUCCCAUCUCCAAAGACUGCGAUUCGCACCAAGAAAUCCUUUACGUCACCCAUUUCAGCAGCAGUUAUUAAUGCCGAUCCGGAUAUUGCGCCACUAUUGAAGGAGCAGAGGGAAUUAGAGAAGCUAUUGAAGGAAGUGAAGGAGGAAUUGGACACGGCAGAACAGGCGAAGAAGAUUGAGAGGGAUAGUAAAGCUAAAGAUAAAAAUGGAAGUGGAGAAAUUGAUGGGGAGUUGGUAGAUUUGUGUGAGAAAUGGAGGAGCGCGAGUAGAUUGGCAGCAGAAGAGUUAUUUGGGAAGGUUAGAGAUAGGGUUAAUAGGAUGGGUGGACCAAGAGCUUGGAAGGAAAUGCAAAAGAGGCAACAUGAGUACCAAAACAAUUGGGAUCAGGAUGAAUCCAAUCACAAUAAUAACAACAACUCUGAUGACGAGGACGAGGAGGGUAAGGAUGAAGAGAAACGAGACGUUUAUGCAGAAUAUAGCAUUGAUCCCGAAACGGAGAAUGAGAAGGCACAGAGAGCUCCAGGCCUCGGAGACACUGGAGAGAAUCCCGGAGAGGAAGACGAAUUCACAAUGGCAAUGAUGCUGAGAACGUUAAAUGUGGAUUUAGCUAUAAUUGGGUACGAUAGAGAACAACAAAGAUGGAUCGAUUGAGUGGCUGGUGGCCGUUGUUGCGUACUCUCGUAGGCAAAUAAUUGUUACAUACGAAAAACAACUCUCGCGGUCAUCGCUUGCGGUAAGAUCAAUACUCUUCCACUCUCAUGUAUAGCAUUGCUUCAAUGUUGCGGUAGACCAAUUAGCGAAGAAGGCAAAAGAUCUCCAUGAUAUAAUUAGCGAUCUAUCCUUAGCUAAUUAUUGCUGGUGAGAAUUCGAAAUCGAUUCCCAAGUUGCUGUUUGAGAUCGAGGGAAGGGAGAUGAGGCCAAGAGAAUGAGAUGCAUGAAAAUUCCUUUGCGGGGU